AUAUCGGAGAAAAGAGCCCUGGAUUGGAUGGUUGGGUUUUGGAGGUUUCAAGAAUCUACAACAGAGCUUCAUCGACAUUUGUGCAUUUGUUUUACUUAUCUUCAUCAUUCAUUCAAGUGAUUUGAUAAAACCUAAAUGAAAAAGUGUCGGUGAAUGGAAGACCAUAUCUUAAAAAUGGACGAAUGCCUACUAAUAACAUCGGGUUUGAUAUCAGGCCGGGUAGUGGGGGUCCCGAAUGGACCCAAAACCCAAUUAAAAUUAUUAAAUAAGAAGGCCAAACUUCACGCAAGAAGCCCUUAACCCAUUGCGUCACGUCUAUCGACAGGCUGCAAUUAUGUGCACAAGGACAAGGAAAGGUCACGCAAAUCAAAUAGUGCAAAGAGUUGAAAUUGAAUUUGUAAAAGCAUUAAGCAUAUAGCAACGCCAAUAAAGAAAAGGGCAUUUUUGGUUGAAGCUAUAUAGGAGAGUCUACUCCUCCCACAUCGGUUGAUCCUCCAUAACUGCAUCUACUGUACUCUCCACCAAUCAAAGUAAAAAACAUAUAACAACGAGCAAAUGGCUCCAACAAUGGCUGUAGCUGAUUCCAAAGCCAUGGCAGCAAAGAAAAAAGAGGAGGAAGAGUUGAGAAAGAGAAACCAAGAGUUGGAGAAGGAGUUGAAGGAGAGCAGGGAAAGAGAGGAACAUAUGAGAAAAGAGUUACAAAAGAUAUGGGAAAGGCUAAGGGUGGCGGAAGAAGCCGAGGAAAGGCUGUGUUCUCAGUUGGGAGAGCUAGAAGCAGAGUCCUUCAAUCAGGCCCGUGCUUACAACGCCCAUAUCCUCUACCUCAUGAACCAGCCCUCCAAACCACAGCUCCCCUGCACCCAUCUCCAUCCUUUGAUUUUUUUUUUUCCAAAAGUUUUCUAGUACUAGUAUAUAAUUUUUGGCUUCUGGUUUUGUCUGAUGUUUUAUUAUGUAACAAAGGCGUGAGGAGUCUAACCAAGUUUGUCUAUGGAUCCGUAAAUAUAUGAGUUCCAGUCUGUUGCUAAUCAGCAGUUAUGUAAACAAUGUUAAAUAUUCAUGUGUCAGCGUUUGAAUUGUGGCAGGACAAAAAAUACUAGUCGGUUACUAAAAAUUUAAUGACAACAUGGUAAGAUGACACAGCACACAGCAACCAAUUGAGCCAACUUGGUGUUUUGUUGGACGAAUGAGAGAACUCCAUGUGGCAGAAAGGAUAUAGUGGCUAAACCACCGAGGGAAUCAGGAAUGGAUUGGAGAAGUUGUUGAUUUUAAGAA